CUUACAUCUCACUCCCCCUCAUGAAUCCCUCUGUCUCUCUCUCUCUCUCUCUCUCACUCUUCCUCUCAUUUUCUCUCUCUUGUUGUCCUCCGAGAAAGACAAACAGGUCAGAUAUAUCUACAAACACAUUAAAAGACAUUACAAAAAGAAGUGUUUGAGAAAGAGAUCCAUUUGGGAAGAUAACUAGCCAUGGCAGGCGACCAAUUGCAGGUUCUUAACGCGCUGGACGUAGCAAAAACACAAUGGUAUCACUUCACAGCAAUCAUUAUUGCCGGAAUGGGUUUCUUCACCGAUGCAUAUGACCUAUUUUGCAUAUCUUUAGUCACUAAAUUGCUCGGGCGCAUAUACUACCACGUUGAUGGUGCACCCAAGCCUGGCACUUUACCCCCUAAUGUUUCUGCAGCUGUUAAUGGUGUAGCACUUUGUGGAACUCUUGCUGGCCAAUUGUUUUUUGGUUGGCUUGGUGACAAGCUAGGUCGAAAGAGAGUCUAUGGCUUGACCCUCAUGCUCAUGAGUCUUUGCUCUGUUGCUUCAGGUCUUUCCUUUGGGAAGGAACCAAAGGCUGUCAUGGCCACACUCUGCUUCUUCAGGUUCUGGCUCGGGUUUGGCAUUGGUGGUGACUAUCCUCUUUCUGCCACCAUCAUGUCUGAAUAUGCAAACAAGAAGACUCGCGGUGCCUUCAUAGCUGCUGUGUUUGCAAUGCAAGGAUUUGGGAUUUUAGGAGGUGGGAUAUUUGCAAUUAUCAUUUCUUCAGCAUUCGACGCCAAGUUCAGUGCCCCAGCUUAUGAGGUCAACCCUAUUGCCUCGACAGUUCCACAAGCAGAUUAUGUUUGGAGGAUAAUUUUGAUGGUUGGAGCACUUCCCGCCACGCUUACUUACUAUUGGCGGAUGAAGAUGCCAGAAACUGCUCGUUACACUGCUUUGGUUGCCAAGAAUGCAAAACAAGCUGCAUCAGAUAUGUCAAAGGUUUUGCAGGUUGAUAUUGAGUCAGAGCAGCAGAAAGUAGACCAGAUAUCUGAAAAGCCAACCAAUUCAUAUGCUUUGUUCUCCCAUGAGUUUCUUCGCCGCCAUGGACUUCACUUGCUUGGGACUACAAGCACUUGGUUUCUGCUUGACAUUGCAUUUUACAGCCAAAAUCUAUUUCAGAAGGACAUUUUCAGCGCAAUUGGAUGGAUUCCUCCAGCAAAGACUAUGAAUGCCAUUCAUGAAGUCUUUAGAAUAGCAAGGGCACAAACCCUCAUUGCUCUGUGCAGUACUGUCCCAGGCUACUGGUUCACUGUGGCAUUAAUCGAUUCCCUUGGAAGAUUUGCUAUUCAGAUAUUGGGUUUCUUCAUGAUGACAGUCUUCAUGUUUGCUUUGGCCUUCCCAUACAACUACUGGACUCAUCCAGACCACAGAAUUGGGUUCGUCUUGUUGUAUUCGCUAACCUUCUUCUUUGCUAAUUUUGGACCAAAUGCCACCACAUUUGUUGUGCCAGCUGAGAUUUUCCCAGCUAGGUUCAGGUCAACCUGCCAUGGGAUAUCGGCUGCAUGUGGCAAGUUAGGGGCAAUGAUAGGUGCCUUCGGGUUCUUGUACCUUGCUCAAAACCAAGACAAGUCCAAGGCAGAUGCAGGGUAUCCAGGCGGCGUCGGUGCCGGGGUGCGAAAUUCGCUCAUUGUAUUGGGUGUGGUCAAUUUAUUAGGCUUGUUAUGCACUUUCUUAGUGCCUGAAUCAAAAGGAAAAUCUCUAGAGGAGAUGUCAGGAGAGAAUGAGGAUGUAAGCCAUGCCUGAAUUGGUUCAGUGACCUAUAAUAGUACGAUGGUUCCAGUUGUUUAGGUUGAUUCAAAGCAGCUGCUCGGCAUAAUGUUGCCAGACUCUUCAGUUUAUUAUGAAUGUGAAUGAGCUCAAAAAAAUUGAUCUUCUCUCUCUGUAUUUUGCAUCCUUAUUUUGAAUUUUGUUCUUUUUUCAAUUUUCUUUUUCUUUUUCUUUUUUAUCAAGUGUCUUGUAGCUCUUAAGGUCUAUUUUGAAUUUGUAUUUGCAAUAUGAGAGAAGUAUUAGCAGUUUGUUUCUUUUUA